AUGCGCUCCGCCACUGUCUUGGCGCUGCUGCUGUGCGCCGGGCAAGCUGUUGCCCUCCCGGUGAACAGCCCGAUGAGUAAAGGGGAUACUGAGGUGAUGAGGUGUAUUGUUGAGGUCAUCUCUGACACGCUCUCCAAGCCCAGCCCCAUGCCUGUCAGCCAAGAGUGUUUUGAGACCCUGCGAGGAGAUGCCCGGAUCCUCUCCAUCCUGCGACACCAAAACUUGCUGAAGGAGCUCCAAGACCUUGCUCUCCAAGGCGCCAAGGAGAGGGCACACCAGCAGAAGAAACACAGCGACUUCGAGGAUGAACUCUCUGAAGUUCUUGAGAAGCAGACUGAGAAGAACAAGCUGCAAGAGGUGAUGGAGGAGGCAUCGUACAAGGAUACUGUGGAGAAAAGGGGUGAUUCUAAGGAGGCAGAGGACCAUGAUGAAGACAUAGAAGACUCUGGGACCCAGGGAUCCCCACCACCCGUGCAGGGGUCCGAGAUGGAGACCCACCAGGCCCCCGGUGAAGAGGAGAUUGCAAAUAGUCACCACCCUGGCAGCCCUCCUGACCAGAAACACCCAGGCCCACAGGUUGAGGGGGUCGCUGAAACCCCCCCACGGGCUCUGGUGGACACAGAGGAUGUAGAUGCAGGGCAAGGGCUGCAGGCAAAGAAGGAGAAAGAGGAGGAGGAGGAGGAGGAGGAAGAGGAUGUGGGAGAGAAGGCGGAAGCUGCAGAGAAAUCUGCCUCUGAGGAAGAAGCCCCCACUGCUGCACUGAACCCCCAUCUCGACUCUAAGGAGAUCAGGAAUAACAAAGGUCAGUCUGAAGCCCUGGCCACGGAGGAAGCCAGGAAGAUGGGGUCUGAGGAGGCACAGCCCCCCGAGGGGAAGGAGGGACAGGAAUAUUCCCAGGAGGAGGAGGGGAUGGCAGGAGCCCCUGAAAGUCCCUUUCGGGACGGGAAGGAUGUGGAGCCUGAGGAAGAGGAGGGAGAGCUCUCCAAGGAGUGGGACGAUGCCAAACGAUGGAGCAAGAUGGACCAGCUGGCCAAGGAGCUGACAGCCGAGAAGCGGCUGGCGGGAGAGGACACGGAGGACGACGACCCCGACCGCUCCAUGAAGCUGCCCUUCCGGACCCGGACCUAUGGCUUCAGGGGUCCCGGGCCCCAGAUCCGACGGGGCUGGAGGCCGUCUUCCGAGGAGGACAGCGUUGAGGCGGGCCUGCCCCUUCCGGGACGUGGCUACCCAGAGGAGAAGAAGGACGAGGAGGGCAGUGCCAACCGCAGACCAGAGGACCAGGAGCUGGAGAGCCUAUCAGUCAUCGAGGCCGAGCUGGAGAAGGUGGCCCACCAGCUGCAGGCGCUGCGGCGGGGCUGA